AUGAUGGCCAUGGGGAAUGGGGGAGAAGGAAAUAGGUGGUUGAGGGCUAGGGUUUUGGGUUCGUUGGUUUGGUGGGGGGCGGGGGACGGAGGCAGGAAUGAAGGGUGGAGGUCAUGGAGGAAUGGGGGAAUGAAAGGAGAAGAAAACCGAAGGGGGGUGGAGAUCAUGGAGGAAUGGGAGAAUGGAAGGAGAAGAAAACCGAAGGGGGUGGGUAGGUGGGUAGGUCCCUAUGGUGGAGGUUAUGGUGGAAUGGGGGAAUGA